AUGCUUAAUUCUCCACUGUUACAAACUGAUUCUGAUAAACGUUUACGUUCUUCAAUAGCCCGAAAUCAUAAAACUGAUUUAUUAAUAGUUCCAACAACAGAAAAAUUAGAUGAUAUAAAUAAUAAUCAUUAUGAUGAACAUGAAAAUAAUUCUAUUAUUGAUUCUAAUAAAACAGAUGUAGUAUUAAAUGAUAAUGAAAAUGAUUCAACUUUAUUGACAACAACAACAACAACAACUGUUGAAGUUAAAGUUAAAACAACAAAAACAUCAUCACGUAAACGUAAAUUAAAUGCUAUUAAUGAUAUGAAUAGUGACAAUAUUAACAAACAACUACCAGUCACUAAAAAAAAGAAAAAUCAACGUAUGGCAAAAACUGAUGAUAAAACAUCAAAUAAUAAUAAAAAAUCGAAUUUCAAAACAAUUGAUCAAUCAUCUAUAACUGAUGAAUCUUCAUUUGGUUCAUGUGAACCAGGUACAAGCGUUGUCUUACAAGGAAUUGUUUGGAAUGAAACUGAUAAAGGUGUACUUGUUGUCAAUAUCACUUGGCGAGGCAAAACUUAUGUUGGUGCAUUGUUAAAUACUACUGAGCAGAAUUGGGCACCACCACGAUAUAAAUCUGAAGUUCGUUCCACAAAACAAAAUCAUAAUCGUGAUCAGCAAUUAACUUCCAUACCUUCAUCACAUGAUUCAACUGAACGUAUUCUACGUAAUGGUAAACGUCGAGGAUCAAGUACAACAGUAACGCCAAAUUCAGCAACAAAAAAUAAUUCAUUUAAAAUUCCUGACACACCACCAUUACCAUCAAAAAAUGAUGAAACAUCAUCAAUUAUUGAAAAAUUCAUUACACCAUCAUCGAUAAAUAUUAAUGAUGAAGAUGAAACAAAUUCACUAAAUGAAGAAAAAAGAAAUACUACAAUUAGUAACGAUAGUAGUGUAGGUGGUGGUAGUGGCAGUGUUGAUGAUGAAAUAGGUGAUAAUUAUUCAAGUCGUAGUAUUAGUCCAACAACAAGUGGAACAAGUACAUCAUCAUCAUCAAGUCCACCAUUAUUAUCAACUAAUACAGAAAAUCAAUCAUUAACAAUUCCAGUUGAUUUAUCAAAUUCAAAAACAACAAUCAAUGUUGAACAAAAAAUGAACGAUACUUUAAUACCAUAUCAUUUUACUAAUGAUAUGGUUAAUCCAUCUAGUUAUUUUUCGUCAUUGCAUGGAUCGACAAAUCCAUUUACUCUACCAUCUUUUAAUAAAUUACCUUCACAAUCAUCUACGAUGUCUCCUUCAUCAUCCUAUCUACCUAUUCCAUCACAACUUUAUUUUAAUUCAUUGACAUUACCCCAUUAUUCAUCAGUGUCUUCUUUGUCAAAAUCAUCACACUAG